AUGGCGCCCGGUGGAUGUAUACGAUGCUCGUUUUGGUGGCGACUUAUUUUAGUUCUUUUCUGGUUGAAUAGUGUCUACAGUCAGGCAACCGAUAGUGUACGACUUGUGAAUGGUACAUCGCCCAGUGAAGGAAGGGUAGAGAUUUGGUACAACGGCCAAUGGAACACCAUCUGUGAUGAUUACUGGUAUCUAGAAGAAGCACAGGUUGUUUGUCGUCAGCUCGGCUAUGACACUUCUAAUGUAAGACCAAGGAGUCUAGCCUACUAUGGUCAAGGGUCAGGAUCGAUUCUACAAGUCCAGUGUUCUGGGUCGGAGUAUACCUUGGAGUCCUGUGAUCUGUAUUCAGGGGAUUUCGUCUGUGGCCAUCGUGAGGAUGCAGGAGUAAUAUGUGAGGCACCCGUUAGUGUACGACUUGUGAAUGGUCCAUCGCCCAAUGAAGGAAGAGUAGAGAUUUUGUACAAUGACCAAUGGAACACCAUCUGUGAUGAUAAAUGGAAUAAUGGUGAAGCAGAGGUUGUUUGUCGUCAGCUUGGCUAUGGCACUGAUAAUGUAACACCAAGGAGUUUAGCCUACUAUGGUGAAGGAUCCGGACCGAUUCAACGAGUCGAGUGCUAUGGUUGGGAGGAUAGCUGGGAAUCCUGUACUGUGUCUUCAGGGAAUUCCUCAUGUGGCCAUUAUGAGGAUGCAGGAGUAAGAUGCGAGGCACCCAUUAGUGUACGACUUGUGAAUGGUCCAUCGCCCAAUGAAGGAAGAGUAGAGAUUUUGUACAAUGACAAAUGGAACACCAUCUGUGAUGAUAAAUGGAAUUAUGGUGAAGCAGAGGUUGUUUGUCGUCAGCUUGGCUAUGGCACUGAUAAUGUAACACCAAGGAGUUUAGCCUACUAUGGUGAAGGAUCCGGACCGAUUCAACGAGUCGAGUGCUGGGGUUGGGAGGAUAGCUGGGAAUCCUGUACUGUGUCUUCAGGGAAUUCCUCAUGUGGCCAUUAUGAGGAUGCAGGAGUAAGAUGCGGGACCGACGUUUCCACAACCUUAGAUCCAUUUCAAUGGCCAGCGACAACCACAGACUAUUACGGUGGAAUCUAUAACGUACAGCUCGUAAACGGUCCAUCACCCAGUGAAGGAAGAGUAGAGAUCUGGUACAAUGGCCAAUGGAACACUAUCUGUGAUGACAACUGGAAUCUUGAAGAAGCACAGGUUGUUUGUCGUCACCUUGGCUAUAGCACGGAUAAAGUCGUAGCAUGGAGUUCGGCCUUCUAUGGACAAGGUUCAGGACCGAUUCAACAUAUCCAGUGUUCUGGUUGGGAGUCUAACUUGGGUUCCUGUUCUCUGACUUCAGGGGAUUCCAUAUGUGGCCAUAAUGAGGAUGCAGGAGUAACAUGCGGUUACACAAACACCGGCAUCACAAACAGAACAACAACAUAUAGAACAUCUCCUCGGGUAAUCGGAUCAAUGUCAUUCGUCGGAGUAUCCUUGUUUCUCCUAACCAUCAUCGCUACAGUUGCCGUUGUGCACGUGUGCAAUCAACAGAAGGCUUCUCCUUCAGCAGCUAUGGGAGUUCAGUUAUCUUCUCUUACCACUAACUCUGCACCUCAACCAGCAUCAACCACACCCCUGCCUGCACCCGUCUGUGUCGAUGUACCUGUUUAGAUGGUGGACAGAAACCCACGUUUGCUUAUUAGAAGAUUCCACCUGCCAUUCUAAAAGGUGUG